UCUGAAUCGUGACACCAGCAAGCCGGACCAUUUCAAUGGCGAUUAUCAUUGCCGCAUGCACCCUUAUCAUUAUCUUAGCUAGCGUCUGGAUAGUGAAACAACGAUAUCAGGCCGCCAGACGGUUGCCAUUACCGCCGGGACGUUGGCUAUUAGGAAAUACGUUGCCAGAGUCAUAUGCGCCUUUUCAAUUCGCGAGAUGGAGAAAGUUUGGAGAAGCAAGGAAAUCGGUAGUUUGGGGCCCACUUUGAUUCGUUCACCAUUUGCGAACGGCGUGACGUUCCUCGGAUUCGAAUUGGCUAGUAUUCAUGAUCAUCGAGGGUUCACCUCCCGCACGUCAAUGCCGAGACGCUCAGUGUAGUCAUACUGUUGGUUCAGUCCGCUUAUAUUCUCAUACUUUAGAUCGCAUUAGACCAACAAUGUGCAGACACGAGUUUCCCUGUCCAUCUCUCGAUCUGUGGUGUAGUGUGGCACACAGAUAUAAAUUGAUUGACGAUUACAAUGACUGCCGAAACUACCAACUCAGUUCUCUGGGGAAUGGGACUCAGAUCUACCGUGAUCGGCAUGUGUCCAC